UCUCGUCCCUCGCCGUCCUUCUCGUCCUGAAGCAACAGCAUGGCGGCGUCGGCCGUGUGCGCCUUCAACCUGAGCGCCAUCACGCGGGCCUUCAACGGGCCGUUCCGGUCCCAGGAGAACCCCCGCUCCACCUGGCUGCCCACGCCCAACCCCAUCCUCAACUUCCAGUGUGGAACCAUCGAGGACGAGGGUCCUAACGAGGGUCUGACGGAGCGCAGCCUGCAGGACGCCCAGCGGCUCUACCUGAUGAACGACGUGGUCCAGCCGGAGUCCGUGGACCCGCUGGUCAUGCAGGACGACGUCCGCUUCUCGCACUUGGUGGUGGACAUCGUCCAGGGGAUGGACACGCUGUACCACGUCAUGUACAUCAGCACCGAAUACGGAACCAUCCUGAAGGCGCUGGCCACGCCCAACAAGAGCCUGCAGGGCUGCUACCUGGAGGAGAUGGAGCUCCUCCCCCGGGGCGUCCGAGAGCCGGUCCUGAGCCUGCAGAUCCUGCACAGCGACCGCUCGCUCUUCGUCGGGCUCAACGACCGAGUGCUGAAGAUCCCGCUGGAGAGGUGCUCCACCUACAGGACGGAGACGUGA